UUAAAAAAGGGUAGUCGAGUCGCAAUCUUGUUUGUCGGGGCGCCGGUUUUUCUUCACUCUCUGCCAUUUAAUGCCAAAUUUCCAAUCUUGGAUCAGUGGAUGAGCUGUAUCUCACACACACACACUGUUGUUUGAGAGGGAUUUCAUAAAGAGCAAGAGGAACCCUUUCAUUCACCAUAGCUUUUGAAAAUGGAGAAAGCUCUGGUAAAAGUUGCCAGCAUUAAAGCAGGUUCAUUUUGGGUUUCCAAGAAAGCCAAAGAAGAGAUCUCCAACAUCUCUCAAGACAUCUCUACUCUGUCCAACACCGUUGAGGAGAAGGCGAAAUGGAUCUUCAACAAGCUCAAAGGAAAGCCAUUAAAGUCAUUGCCAGAUCUCCUCCGAGAUUACAAUCUUCCUCGUGGCAUCUUUCCCCAGAACAUAACAUGCUACGAAUUCGAGGAAGCAAAGUCCAGGCUCAUCGUGCACAUGUCCUCUCCGUGUGAGGUGUCCUUCAAGGACUCGUCUGUUGUGAGGUACGCGACUCGGGUGAAGGCCACAUUGUCGAGAGGGAAGCUGACGGGGAUCGAGGGGAUGAAGACAAAGGUGCUGGUGUGGGUGAAGGUGAGCAGCAUCAAUGUGGAAGGCACUAAGUCUGAUAAAAUCUGCUUCAUGGCGGGAGUGAAGAAAUCGAGAUCCAAAGAUGCGUACGAGAUGCCUCGUGAUGGCCUUCGAGUUGAAGAAUUCUGAAAUGCAAGACCUUCUCAGUGUGUCAAUAUAUAUUCUUGGAAUUCUUUGGUUAAUUUGUUUGGAAAAAUCAAUAAUUAUUGUAUUAGUUGUUUGUCCUCGGUUUUCAAGAGUUGGAUGAUUUGGGAGUCUGGUUCUUGAUUGUGAUCAAUUCAUCAAUACAAACAGAUGUUGGCCAAAUUA